AAGUGCUCAAUGCCAAUAUAUAGCCCAGACUUGGGAAACCAGAGAAGGCUUCUUGGAGGAGGUGACAUCUAGGCUGAGACCCAAAGGAUGAAGAGGUAUUCAGCACAAGAGAGGGGAGGAAGUGAGGGUUUGGGGCAGUGAAAAGAUGCUCAGAGAACUGAAGGAAGUAUGAGGCUUCCAGAACACAGAGUGGGAGAAGGGACAGUGAGAAAUGAAGCUGGAGAGAAGAGCUGGCUGGGCAGGGAGCACUCCCCAAGGGCCUCGAAGCCCCGCUGAGGGGUUUCCACUCAGUUCUGAGUACCCUAGCAUUCAAAAGGGUGGUGAUGUUCUGCUUUUUAAACAGCAGAACCAAAUUUCCUGUGAAAACCCAACCUGUAAUGCAGGUGAGAGGAGGACAUCUGUGGGGCAGGGGGUCCAUGGCCCCGGGAGAACCCAGGGAACAGGGCUUAAAAGACACGGCUCGGCUCGGGCCUUUGCCUGUUGGAACCAGAAAGGACCUCAGAGCACCCACCUUCAUUUAAAAUUCAUAGCAAGGAUGUUUAUGGGUUCUAACAGUAAAGACUCAGCCAUUAAAGGUUCUAUAAAUGCCUCUUCCAAAACACCCCUCAGAGUCACAAUUCAGCACUUAUUUAUUGAUUACCUGCAGGAGACCUUAUAGUGUAGAGGUUAAGGGCACAGACCCAGGAGCCCGACUUCCUGGGCCUGCCCCUUGUUAGCUGUGUGACCUUGGGCAUGUUGCUUAAUUUCUCUGAGCCUCAGUUUUCCUGCAUGCACAGUAAGAAUGGUGAUCAUGGAACCAAGUCGUUGAAUUAUUGGAAAGAUUAAAUGAGUUCAUACAUGUAUAGCGUCAAGAAGAGUGCCUGGUGCAUAAUGAGGGCUCUGUAAGUGGCAUAGAAUAUGUCUCAUUUGAUCUUUAACAAAACUUCAAGGUUGGCAUUAGCCUCAGAAGAGGAAACGGAGGCUCAGAGAGGUGAAGUGACUUGUACAAAGUCACAGAGCAGGUCAGUGGAGGAGACAGAGGGAGCAGUCUGGUGUGGGUGACUGGGUCCAGUGCUCUUGGAGGGCAUUAUGUGUCUCUCCUUGUUAAUGUUUUGUAUGUAUUAUGGUCUCUUCUGUGCCUUUAUUUGUGUCCCCAGUUCCCAGGACAGAACCAGACAAGAGGAGGCAUUCAGUAAAGGUGUGAGUGAAUGAAUGAAUGAAUGAAUGAAAUUGAUGGAUUGAGCUGUGUAUUCCUAGCACUUGGCCCAGGUUCUCAGUGAAUGAGCCCCUAGCAGCACUGGAAUGUGACCCUCCUGAGGGCUUUGUGGUCCCCCUCAACCCCAGCCCCGCUGCUCAUAGAGAGAAGGGCUGGCCCAGCAUGCCUGGGUGUCCCACUGCGUGGGCGGUGGCUUCAGUGAAAGUUAAGGUCCUGGCAGCCUGUUCCUGGGGAAGUCCACAGCCCGCAGUGCUGGGGGCAGGGCAGGCCUCCUGGCGGGGCUUCCUGUCAAGGCUCCAGGCCCAACCUUCAAACAAUGGCAGGGACUCGACAACCAGAAAAUCAAAAGAGAAAGGGCAAAAUAAAGGUCUGCGGGUGGGGGGGUUGAGGAAUUCCGUUUGGGGCUUGAAGAGCUAGGAUGGGGGGACCUGCUUGUGGCCUGGGUGGAACUGGAGUCAGAGGCCUAGCUCCCCACCUCACCCCACCCCAGCCCUGAGCUUGGCCAGGGCAGCCCUUAGGGUCCCUCUCCCUCCUGCUCACUUCCUCCAGGCUGUCUUCCAGGUAGGGUCUUUUGAAACCCAAACCUGACCAUGUCACCCACUGCUUAAAAACUUUUGUCCAGGGUAAUGGCCUAGUUCCUUGGCCUGGCACUGAAGGCCCUUUGUGAUGGGCUGCAGCCCUUUUUCCCAUCUCCUUCACAAGGUGCCCCAUUCACAGCACCUUUGGUCCAGCUACAGCUGCGGUCUGGGGUUCCCUGAGGGCAGGUACAGACAGGAAGGAGCGGUGGGAAGGAGCCUGUGGUCUUACAGCCUUCCCCUUUCCUCCUGCCCUGUGCAGAGCCAUGAGCCACCGGAUCCUGCUGCUCCUGGCCGUGCUGACCCUGGGCCUGGCUACCUCCCAACACCGAGACAAGGUGCCCUGUAAGAAGGUGGACAAGGAAGUCUUGUGCCGGGGCCUUGGCCUACUCCAGGUCCCCUCGGUGCUCCCACGGGACAUUGAGGUCCUCGACCUGUCUGGGAACCAGCUGCGGAGCAUCCUGGCCUCGCCCCUGGGCUUCUACACAGCGCUUCUUCACCUGGACCUGAGCGCCAACGAGAUUAACUUCCUCCAGCCAGGGGUCUUCCAGGCCCUGCCCCACCUGGAGCACCUCAACCUGGCCCACAACCGCCUGGCGGUGGGCACGGCGCUGAGCACUGGGGGUCUGGGUCCCCUGCCACACCUGACGUCCCUGGACCUGUCUGGCAACAGCCUGUACAGUGGCCUGGCGGAGCGGCUGCUGGCGGAGGCGCCCGCCCUGCGCAGCCUCUCGCUGGCGGAGAACAGCCUGACGCGCCUGGGCCGCCACACCUUCUGGGGCACGCCCGCGCUCGAGCGGCUGGACCUUCACAGCAACGUGCUGAUGGACAUCGAGGACGGAGCCUUCGAGGCCCUGCCCCACCUGGCACACCUCAACCUCUCCAGGAACUCCCUCACCUGCAUCUCCGACUUCAGCCUCCAGCAGCUGCGGGUCCUAGACCUGAGCUGCAACAGUAUUGAGGCCUUUCAGACGGCCCCGGAGCCCCGGGCCCAGUAUCAGCUCGCCUGGCUUGACCUGCGGGAGAACAAACUGCUCCACUUCCCCGACCUGGCCGCACUUCCGAGACUCAUCUACCUGAACGUGUCUAACAACCUCAUCCGCCUCCCUGCGGGGCCGCCCCAGGGCGGCGAGGGCCUUCACGCGCCUUCCGAGGGCUGGUCUGCCUUGCCCUUCUCUAACCCCGGCCGCAACGCCAGCACCCAGCCCCUCUCUCAGCUCUUGAAUCUGGAUCUGAGCUACAAUGAGAUUGAGCUCGUCCCCGAGGGCUUUCUUGAGCACCUGACUUCCCUGCGCUUCCUGAACCUCAGCCGGAACUGCUUGCGGGCCUUUGAGGCCCGGCGCGUGGGCUCCCUGCCUUGCCUCGCACUCCUGGACAUGAGCCACAAUGCGCUGGAGACGCUGGAGCUGGGUGCCAGGGUCCUGGGGUCUCUGCAGACGCUGCUCCUACAGGACAACGCCCUGCGGGACCUGCCCCCGUACACCUUCGCCGGCCUGGCCAGCCUGCAGAGGCUCAACCUGCAGGGGAACCGGGUCAGCCCCUGCGGGGGCCCAGGUGAGCCUGGGCCCGCGGGCUGUGUGGCCUUCUCUGGCGUCUCCUCCCUCCGCGUCCUGAACCUGGCGGACAAUGAGAUGGAGACGCUCCGGGCAGGUGCCUUCCUCCACACUCCGCUGACCGAGCUGGACCUCUCCGCCAACCCUGGGCUGGAUGUGGCCACAGGGGCCUUGGCGGGCCUGGAGGGCUCCCUGGAGGUGCUGGCCUUGCAGGGCAACGGGCUGGCCGUCCUGCAGGUGGACCUGCCCUGCUUCAGCUGCCUCAAGCGGCUCAACCUGGCAGAGAACCGCCUGAGCCGCCUGCCUACCUGGACGCAGGCCGUGUCCUUGGAGGUGCUGGACCUAAGGAACAACAGCUUCAGCCUCCUGCCGGGCAGCGCCAUGGGCGGCCUGGAGACCAGCCUGCGGCGCCUCUACCUGCAGGGGAACCCCCUCAGCUGCUGCGGCAACGGCUGGCUGGCGGCCCAGCUGCACCAGGGCCGUGUGGACGUGGACGCCACCCAGGACCUGAUCUGCCGCUUCGGCUCCCAGGAGGAGGUGUCCCUGAGUCACGUGCGUCCUGAGGACUGUGAGAAGGGGGGGCUCAAGAACGUCAACCUCAUCAUCAUCCUCACCUUCGCCCUGGUGUGUGCCAUCCUCCUCACCACGCUGGCCGCCUGCUGCUGUGUCCGCCGGCAGAAGUUCAACCAGCAGUACAAAGCCUAGAGAGGCUGCGGGCUACAGACCAGCUCUGUCGGGGGACCCUGCCAGGCUCCAGCUCCGCCUCCCCCAUCCGCAAGUGUCCUGGAGAUUUCUCCAGCCCAGCUUCCUCCCUGGCUGUGACCUCUCAGCUCCCAGUCGCUGCUCCCAGCUCCUACUCUCCAAAGGAAAAACUGAAAUGCCUAUUUCAUGGAUGGGGCUAGGCGGUGAGAGGGUAUGUGAUGCAAUGCCCUGGCACACAGUAGGUGCUGCCCGAAGGCCUGCAGGAGGGCAGUAGCAUGGGCUGAGCUCAACCCAGGACUCUGGGAACCUGGGAGCCCACCAGGCCCCUAACCCCUUUUCCUGGCAAACAGGGGAUUUUUUGCUCACCUGACCAAGACCCCAGCAAGGCAGAAAUUCCUGUUUUCAGCCGAACGUGGACACAGCUGCCAACUAGGCCAUCGGAGCAUCCGGCAAGUUCCAGGGCGAGAGGAUGCCCUUGCACAGCCCCUGUCACAGACAGACUGGGGUGUCAGGUCACCUGGCUCGCUCAAUCCACGAGGACCCGGCCCAGCAAGAGCCGGGCUCGCAGGCCGGGUAGGAGGAGAGGAAGCCGGCAUCCCUGGCCCACCAGAUGCCUCCCCCAGUCAGGUCCCUGUGCUGGCACAAUCCCCCAGGAUCCAGGAUCCAGAGUCUGCUUUCUGUGCCCCUGUUGUUUAGCAGCUCAGAGGCCCUGCAAGUCCGGGUCCCUGCGGCCCUCCAUCCUCAUCUCUCUCUGGCCACCUCCCACCUCCUAUUCAGAGCUGACAGAGCACUUCCGGGUGGGCCCUGCGCUGAAUACUUGAUGUACACGGUCGUAUAUAAUUCUAACACUCUUUGGAGAGAUUUCUAUUAUUAUCAUCCUCACUUUAGAGAAACUGAGACUCAAGAUGCCACAGCUGUCAAGUGCUAGGGCUGAGACUUGAGCCCAGGUUUGCCCUGCUCCUCUCUGGAGCCAGCAAUCUUAACCAUUAGGCAGCACUGCUUCCUGACCCUCCCAAUUCUGGCUCUCUCCCACCUCUUCUACUUGAAAUGUCUCACCUACCCUGACCCCCCUGCCAAACUCCUCCUUUUUCAAUGCUUACCUGCAUCACCUCCUCUGGGGAGACUGCCCUGAUUUCCCUCCUCCAGCUGCCAUCAGCCCUGGGCUGCCCGGGGCCACAACACUGGGAUGUCUGCCUGAUCCACCACCAGACCGGGAGCUCCUGGAAGGAGGUCUUACCCAGAGACCCUUCUGUGUCCCCUGGGCCCGAGCCAACACAGAGGCAAGUUCAGAAAAGGUUUCCUGAAUGGAUGGCCCUGCCCUCCAGGACCUAAACACUUGUGGGGAUUAACAUCAGCCCUCAGACCAAGAAUGGGUGAUAAACUUCUCAGACAGACCCCAGGAACGUAGAGGACACAGAGGGACUGCAGGGUGUGGGCUGCCCAGGGGAACAGGAAUCUUCUCUCACCACUCUCAUUCCCCUCAGUUCCUCUUGCCUCUAGGACCCUUUCUCUUCUUCAUCCUCCUCUCUCCCUCCAACCCCUCUUCUCUUCUCCUUCUCCUGCCUUGGUCAUCUCUCCCCCACCCCACUCUCACUGGGAUGAGUUGGAGCUGUGGUGCUGAGAACGUGGAGGGGUGGAGGGGAGGGAGGCCCGAGCUGUUUAUAGGAACUGGAGCAGCUCCAUCCAUCAGCUCUGUUUGGAGCUGGAAACCAAGCAUAAUAAAUACCUUGGCUCCUCCCCAGCUGUGCUUUCCCUGAACUUGGCCAUUCGAACUCCAAAUUUCUCUGGCCUGCUGGUUCUCAGGACCCAGCUCCCACCCCACCCCACCCUACUCCCACCUCCCACCAAGCUGCCCUGGAAAGAGCCCUGCCUCUGGGACCAGAAAUGCAGGGCUGAGUCUAGGCUGUGCUGCCGCUUUGCUUUGGGAGCAAGUCGUGCCCCUGGUCUGUGCCUCCAUUUCCCCAUCUGUGAAAUGGGGUCAUAAUCACUGCACCCCCCCAAACACGCAGUGCUGUUCACAUGUUAGGCUUGAGCAUCUGCUUGACGCUGGGCCCUGGGCCCUGCGGGAUCCCUGGGAACAGGCAGGCAGAGCCUCUGCCUAUUGGGCGGAGGGAGGGGCCACACUACAGCCCAAGCAGGAAGUGGUCAGCGCCACGAGGGAGGUCCAGACUUUGUGUUCUGGGAGUUUGUUUGCAGCAGGGAGCGGCCCUUCCAGCUGGAGGAUUCAGAGGAGACCUCGAGGACAUCUGGGCUGGCCCUGCAGGGAAGGGUAGCAUUUCAGCAUGUGGAGAUGGGGAGAGCCUCUUCCAGACAGAGCAGACUGCCAGAGCCAAAGCUGGGCAGUGGGAGGAUGUGAGGGUGGGGGCAAAGAAGAGUCUCCCUUUGCAUCCUUCACCCUGUCACUCCCAACUCUGUCCUCUCUGAUCCCCCAGCACCUUUCGCUCUGACCCUCUAGCUUUUUGGAAUCUUCCCUCCUUCCCUGGAGAGCUUCAGACUCACCCAGCUCUCCCAGGUUGUGGAUGCAUUCCCAGAAUCAUGCAGUCACGUUCCCACUCCCACCUCCCCCCAGAAAGCCACCCUAGAAAGUGGAAGACUCAGAUCAGGGGAAAAGUCACUGGCCAAGAGCACGUUUCUGGAAUGAAUAAGGGAAUAAAUGAAUAAAAGAGUGAGUCAAUGAAAAAGAGGAUAAUAGGAAAUUAUUGAAUUCAACUGACAUACUGUGCUGUACAUACAAGCUCCCUCCUCUGGUGGUGCUGGUGGUGCUGUUUAUUUGGCGGGGAGGGGAAUAGGCAUUAGAUACAUGACUGUGCGCAGGUGCGUGCGCGCGCACGCGCGCGCGCACACACACACACACACACACACACACACACACACACAAGAAUAAAGACAAAAUGGCAAACUUUGAUGAGUAUUAUGAGAGAAAAUAAUAGGGAGACAGAAUGAAAUGGGCAGACUCAGAGAAGUCCUCUCUGAUGAUGGAAUCUGUAAGCUGAGACUGAAGGAGGACUUAAGAUGAGUGAGUGAAUUAAUAUUCCUUCUAGCCUCUUCCCCUCACUCCCAUGAAUUUGCAAGAGCUGCACUUUAGACCCUGAGGUCCAUUCUCAUGCAUUGAAAGGUCCCCCUACCCUGGGACCCUCCUGGCCUUCCCCUGCCCUCAGUGCCUUGGCUGUCCCAUUCUAGAAUCAUGGAGAAAAAUAUGGAAGGCCACCCAUAAGGGGUGGUGGGGAGGGAUGGCCAAGGGAUGGGUGCCAGGAGUCAAGCAUUGUGGGGGUGAGGGACUGGCUAGGCUACAGGGUAAGAAAGUCAAGUUCCAAAGGCCCCUGCUUUAUUUGGGGUGGGGCGGUGACGUGGGCUUUGUUCUCUCUGCCAUUCCUGAGCCACCCAUGUCAGCUUGCACCAACCAUAUUCUUUCACCCUAGGUAGCUUACUAACGUUCUCCUGUCUAACCUUCUGUAUAUUUUCUCCAUAAUCAAGUCACCAUUGACAGAUACAUUUAAAUUAUAUGCAAAUAAACUUAUGCAUGUAUCACUGUUUUAUAAAAAUGGGAUCAUAUAAUAUAUGGUUUCCUGCAUCUUGCUUUUUUUUUUUUUUUUCGGUACGCGGGCCUCUCACUGUCGUGGCCUCUCCCGUUGCGGAGCACAGGCUCCGGACACGCAGGCUCAGCGGCCAUGGCUCACGGGCCCAGCCGCUCCACGGCAUGUGGGAUCUUCCCGGACCGGGGCACAAACCCGCGUCCCCUGCAUCGGCAGACAGACUCUCAACCACUGCACCACAAGGGAAGCCCCUGUAUAUUUAUCUUAUAGCCAAUAACCUUAUCAAUUGUCUUAAUUCAAAUAGGUUUUUUUUUUUAAUUGUUGUUUGUUUUGUUUUUACAUUUGUUUUUGGUUUUUGUUUCUCUGCUAGAGGCUCUUGCGUUUUCUGGGUAUACAAUCACCUAAUUGACCGCAUUGUUCCCAUAGCUCCCUUGAUGCCCUCACCACAGUAUCAUCUGCCUCCGGCCAGGCCUCUCCUCACCUGGACUGCAGCCAGGUUGCAGGGAUCCCGCCCCACCUACAUUGCCCACCACAGAGCUCCUUCUCACAUGUUUUCUCUUCCCAAGACCAGGGCUCCAAUUCCUUUUCUCUCUGGUUUGCAGGAGCAGAGUGGAGGUGUGUAUGGGGGCUCAAUCCUUGCUGCUUUGUUCCACAGAAUGAAUUUUUUCCACCCUAACUGGAAUUCUGUUCUCCUCCUAGAGCAAAGGUUGAAAACUGGUGGCCUGUGGGCCAGAUUUAGCCCUCAGUCAUGCUUUAUUUGGCCCACACAGUGGUUUAUAAAAAUCUGGAUUGGUUGCCAACAUCUAAAAAAUUGAAAGAGUUGUUUUAUAUGGGACCAUAUAUAAAUAUGGACAUAUGAUUUUCUUAAAAUCCUGGAAAAGCUGAGAACCUGAAUCCCCAGCCCACAGGACAGUGAGUGGCAGGAGCUGUGAAAUUGCAUCUCCCACCUAGACUGUGAGCUCCUCAAGGGCAGGGGGCCAUCCUGCCCCCUCUGUACCCCAGCACCUGACACAGAGCCUGGCUCCAGGCAGCAGUCAUGAAAGUUUAAUUCCUUUCCUUUUGUAUCAUGCACAAGUUUCAAGAACAUGCGAGUCAAGAGUCCCACACAGCAAGUGUUCUGACCUCGAUUGUGCGCGAACCCUUUGGCAGUCUGAUGAGCCUGUGGACCCCUUUUCAGAAUAACGUCUUUUAAUUCAUAAAACAAAACAAAAAUGCAUGAUUACAAAGGAAAUCAAUCCUACUGAAUGCAGUUUUCAAAAUAUUAAAAAAUAAUUGUAAUUGGGUAAUACAUGUUUUUUAAUUAACACGUUAAAUACCAAAACCUAGUUGCAGAUCUAAUAAUUACUGUUAUUUUGAAGCACUGUUGAGCAUGAACGAUAUUUUGAGAGACCUUCAACAGCUGUAACAAGACAUGAAAACAUCUCUGAUUUCUGUUGGUAGUGGAACUGCUAACGUCACAGGUCCUAGUAAUGCUUCAGGGAUUUGUGGCCCACAUUCAUGAUGGAAAGAGCUAUUACACUUCAACUAAAUGCUAAUGAUGAAAAGAAAGAUGUAAAUUUUUCUCAUCCAGGUUCACAGCCCCAGGAAUUCUACCCUUGUGUCUCAUGGAUCUCAGGUCAAGACCCCUGCUUUGGGGAGAAAAUGCUAAUGGCAGCUACAACCAAGCCACAGUAACAGGGAGCUACGAUCCCAUAGAAAUCAACACAUGCUUGGGUAUCUUGGCCAGGGCAGGGAUGGGGUGUAAAUUAGAUCAGUGUUUCUGGAGGGCUACUUGGCAAUAUGUUCCAGGAAUCUUAAAUAUGCGCAUUUGCUUCAACCCAGCAAUUCUGGCUACACUUCUAGACGUAGCCAAAGAAAAACGACUGUGAGGUUGUUUAUCAUAGCCAAGGGCACAUCCAGCUUUUGUGGGGCCUGAAGCUCAUCCAAUUUAGAGGUCGCUUCUUACAAAAAGAAGACAAAAUCAUGAAUAUAAUAUUGCCAGACUGCUCUCCUGGGCACGUGGAAAGAUUCUGAGCAAGUGAGGACCCUGCAGCUAAAGCACCAUCAGCUGCAUGUAAAUAGACAAUCGUAGCAUUGUUAGUAAUAACCUAAAAUUAGAAACAACCUGAAACAGCCGACAAUCAGGGUUCAGUAUAGUAAAUUACAAUACCUCCAUACAAGGGAAUGCUGAUCAGUCAUUUAAAAGGGUGUGAAUGUAGAGGUGUGCUUACUGACAUGAAAAGAUGCUCAAAACAUAGUGUGAAGUGGAAAAGCAGAUUAUACAACAUGUGUAAGAAAGAUCCCAGUUUUGUUAAAAUAACAUACUAGUUAUGUGUAAUUGUAUGCUAAAUGGGCCUUUCCUGUCUGAGAAUUGCUGCUGUCCCCCCAGAACCUCAAAAGCAGCACCAGGGCUUCCCUGGUGGCGCAGUGGUUGAGAGUCCGCCUGCCGAUGCAGGGGACACAGGUUCGUGCCCCGGUCCGGGAAGAUCCCACGUGCCGCGGAGCGGCUGGGCCCGUGAGCCAUGGCCGCUGAGCCUGUGCGUCCGGAGCCUGUGCUCCGCAACGGGAGAGGCCACAACAGUGAGAGGCCCGCG